AUGACCCGAAGCUGCAGACCCUCCAGCCCUGCCCUCGCCCCGGUGCUGCUGGCUGUGCUGCUGGGCAGUGUAGCCCGGGCCGCGGAGAUAGUGGGCGGGCGGGAAGCCCAGCCCCACUCGCGCCCCUACAUGGCGUCGCUGGAGCUGUUCCCCAGCAACCACUUCUGCGGGGGGACCUUGAUCCACCCGCGCUUCGUGCUGACCGCAGCCCACUGCCUGAACAACGUGACGGGGGUGAGGGGCGCGUGGGGGGGUCGGGGUCCCAGCGAGGCGCACAGCCUGCAGACCUCCGAGCCCACCGAGCAGAGGUUCAGCAUCAGCCGCCUGUUUGAGAACAACUACGACCCACAGGAGAAGCCGAAUGACGUCCUCCUCCUGCAGCUGGACCGCCCGGCCACCCUCAACCCCCAGGUUGCGGUGGCCCAGCUCCCCCAGCAGAACCAGCUGCUGCCCCACGGCACCCAGUGCCUGGCCGUGGGCUGGGGCCACCUGGGCACUGAGCCACUGCCCCAGGUCCUGCAGGAGCUCAACGUCACCGUGGUCACUUUGCUGUGCCGGCCACAGAACGUGUGCACCUUUGUGCCCCGACGCAGCGCUGGCAUCUGUUUUGGGGACUCGGGCGGCCCCUUGAUCUGCGACGGUGUCAUCCAGGGCAUGGACUCCUUUGUGAUCCAGGGACGCGCCACCCGCCAGUACCCGGACUUCUUUGCUUGCGUCUCCCUCUACGUAGACUGGAUCCGCUCAGUGCUGAGCAACGCGGGGGGCGAGGACGGCCCCUGA